UUGUCAAUUGUUUUCUAUUCACAAAUGUCCACCAUGAUUGCUUCAAUUUUCGGGUCUUUUCUGAUCAUUUUACUGAUUUAUUAUCUUAAAAAUUUUUAUGAUUAUUUAACCUAUUGGAAACGACAAGGCGUUGCUGGUCCUUUGUUUUUCAGAUUGCAAUGGGCAUUUCGACCAUUCCAUGAGUUAAUAUACGAAGGUACAAAACUGUAUGGACCAAUACAUGGUGCUCCUUUUCCUCGCUGCCAUUUCCUCGUUGUCAAUGAUAUCGAUGUUGCCCGAGAAUUGUAUAUCAAAAAUUUCCAUAAAUUUCCUAUCCGUUAUUCUUUUUGGUUCGGUUAUAGUAACAUCAAUAAGGUAUUAUUUUUUAUGCCAGCAAAUGAUGACUGGAAACGUAUUCGUUCCUUGAUAACACCAGCAUUCACUACUGGUAAAUUGAAACGAAUGAUCGAACCGAUUGAACAGAUCAAUGCAAAUUUCAUUAGUCAUCUUCGAAAAUUUAGUGAAAGUGGAGAAGAAUUUGAUAUGAAAAUAUUUACUGGAGCAUUCUCUAUGGAUGUCAUCGCACGUUGUGCUUAUGGCAUUGAAAUCGAUUCACUUAGUCAACCGGAUCAUCCGAUCGUAACUAAUGCACGGAAAAUUUUCGGUGUAGAUCCCAGUUUUAGUUAUAUUGUGUGCAUUAUGUUUCCGAAAAUAGCAAAAUUUUUACGGCUUGAAAUGACCGAUAUGAAAACCGUGCAAUACUUUAAUGAUUUAACAUUCGAAAUUAUUGAAAAACGAAUCAAAUCAUUAUCUGGAAAACAGAAUCCAGAUUUGAUUGGAUUGAUGAUUGAAAAUGCUAAUGAAUUUAAUGGAACUGUAGCCAAGAAUGACAUGCCAAAAGGUAUUAGCAGAGAUGAGAUUUCUGCUCAAGGUCUCUUAUUCUUUAUUGCCGGAUUUGAUACGACCAAUGCAACAUUGACACACAUUUUCUACUACCUUAUUAAAUAUCCGGAAUGGCAAGAAAAGCUUUAUGAAGAAUUGUCCAAUGUGAAUCAUGAAGAACUUGAUUAUGAUAAACUUAAAGAGCUACCAACAUUGAAUGCAAUCAUUGAUGAGACAUUGCGAUUGGAGCCACCAUUACCUAUGGUUGAUCGUGAAAGUAUUGAACCAUAUCGAAUUGAAAGUCAUGGCAUUAAUAUACCAAAGAAUUCAAUGAUAUCGGUUCAACCAUAUGUUAUACAUCGAGAUCCCAAAUAUUUUAUGUAUCCCCAUGAAUUCAAACCGGAUAGAUUUUUAGAUAAAUCAAAAUUCAAUGAUAAUCUAGCUGCAUAUAUUCCAUUUGGCCUAGGUCCGAGACUUUGCGUUGGCAUGCGAUUUGCAUUGAACGAACUUCGUUUUGCUUUGGCUAAUUUUGUUAUUAACUAUAAAUUGGCUCCAAAUCCAAAUAUCAAGCUUGAAUAUUUCAAUGGCAGCUUGUUGAUGAGUCCUAAAAAGUUGAUGGUUCGAAUUGAACAACGUUAAUGAAAACAAAACGAAUUUAUUCACAAACAUAUAACGAAAAUCCUAAAAAAUUAUAAUAAUUGCAAUUAUAAUUUUAAAAUAACAUAACGCUAUAACGAUUUCACCAUUUUCUCUUUUCUUGAUUAAAAUGUGAUUUCAAAUUUA